GCGCUCUCCUGAACCCUGCUGCCCUUCUCCCCUCACGAGUGAUCCUCUUGCUCGCGCAUUGCCGCCCUCGCCAUGCCCAUUUCGAUACCAGCCACCCUUUUCCAGAGCGAUCCGGCGAUCAUCGAGUUCAUCGCUUUCCACUUCUCCCAAAGGGCCCAGACCGGAAGCAGCGCAUCCGGCAUAUCGGAAUCGCCAGUGGUCGCUGUCUUGGACUCCUGCCGGAUCCUCAUCCGGCCUGGGUCUGAGCAGUUGGUCCACCAGGUGGUGCAGGAUUUCAUCAAUUCCAACACCCACACCGACGAGGCGGACCUGCCACCGGGCGAGGACAAAUAAUUGAAUACCAACAAAAAGGGGGGCCUCAUCACCCCGACAGAC